AUGGAAGCGAGCUUUGUCCAGACCACCAUGGCUCUGGGGUUGUCCUCCAAGAAAGCGUCUUCCCGCAAUGUGGCCGUGGAGCGCAGGAACCUGAUCACCGUGUGCAGGUUCUCCGUGAAAACCCUGCUGGAGAAGUACACAACGGAGCCCAUCGAUGACUCAUCCGAGGAGUUUGUGAAUUUUGCAGCCAUCUUAGAGCAGAUCCUCAGCCAUCGUUUCAAAGCCUGUGCCCCAGCAGGUCCGGUGAGCUGGUUCAGCUCAGAUGGGCAGCGAGGCUUUUGGGACUACAUCCGCCUGGCCUGCAGCAAAGUGCCCAACAACUGUGUGAGCAGCAUCGAGAACAUGGAAAACAUCAGUACCGCCCGGGCCAAGGGCCGGGCAUGGAUUCGGGUGGCACUGAUGGAGAAGCGCAUGUCAGAAUACAUCACCACAGCCCUGCGGGACACUCGGACCACCAGACGCUUCUACGACUCAGGAGCCAUCAUGAUGCGGGAGGAAGCCACGGUCCUCACUGGGAUGCUGAUCGGACUGAGCGCCAUAGACUUCAGCUUCUGCCUAAAGGGCGAAGUGCUGGACGGGAAGACCCCCGUGGUCAUCGACUACACGCCCUACCUAAAGUUCACUCAGAGCUACGACUACUUGACGGACGAGGAGGAGCGGCACAGCGCCGAGAGCAGCACGAGCGAGGACAACUCGCCCGAGCACCCGUACCUGCCGCUCGUCACCGACGAGGACAGCUGGUACAGCAAGUGGCACAAGAUGGAACAGAAGUUCCGCAUUGUCUACGCGCAGAAGGGCUACCUGGAGGAGCUGGUGCGUCUGCGCGAAUCGCAGCUGAAGGACCUGGAGGCGGAGAACCGGCGGCUGCAACUGCAGCUGGAGGAGGCGGCGGCGCAGAACCAGCGGGAGAAGCGGGAGCUGGAAGGCGUGAUCCUGGAGCUACAGGAGCAGCUGACAGGUCUGAUCCCUGGUGACCACGCUCCCCUGGCCCAGGGUUCCAAGGACCUCACCACACGCCUGGUCAACCAAUGGCCAUCACUGGGCACGCUCAGUGGGGCCGAGGGUGCCAACAACCCCAAGCUCUACCGGAGACACAGUUUCAUGAGCACGGAGCCCCUGUCUGCUGAAGCCAGUCUAAGCUCGGACUCCCAGCGCCUCGGAGAGGGCAAGCGGGACGAGGAGCCCUGGGGUCCCAUCGGGAAGGACCCCACGCCCUCCAUGCUGGGCCUCUGCGGCUCCCUGGCCUCCAUCCCCAGCUGCAAGUCCCUGGCGAGCUUCAAAUCCAACGAGUGCCUGGUGAGCGACAGUCCCGAGGGCAGCCCGGCACUGAGCCCCAGCUGA